AUGUCACGAGGUAAAUCUGCUCAUAUUGGUGAUGAUGAUUUACAUGAUGUUUUUCCUAUCUCAAAACUAUAUUUUAUUACUUUUCAAGAUCGAAUAGAUCAAAAAUUUGAUGCUAUUAGUGAUACCUUGAAAUAAUUUUGGACAAGAAUGAGUGUAUUAGAGAGUCAUUCACGCCCUCCUAGAGAUCAGGUAAUCAGAUGUCCUCAAAAGGUCACUCAUAUCGAAUCUUCAUCAGAUACUCAGUGUUCAUCUAGUUCUACAAGUUUUAAGUUAGGAUUUGAAGAAGAUAAGUUUUGAGAUUUUCAUAUGAAGAUUGACUUACCAUGUUUUAAUGGCCAUUUGAAGAUUGAAGAGUUCUUAGAUUGGUUAGUUGAGGUAGAAAGAUUUUUUGAGUGUAGGAAAUUUUUUGAUGAAAAGUAAGUAAAGUUAUUGGCUUAUAAACUGAAGGGUGGAGCCUCUAUAUGAUGGGAUCAAUUAUAGACCACAUGUAUGAAGUCAGGCAAAGAACUUGUAUGAUCAUGGGAGAAAAUGAAAAAACUCUUGAAAUCUCAAUUUUUUUCCCCAAAUUAUGAAUAAAUUUUGUAUCAACAGUAUCAAAACUACAAAGAAGGAAAUAGAUCCAUUUUUGAUUAUACUGAAAAAUUUUAUCGUUUAUGUUCUCGAAUUGACUUGACAGAAUUUGAGUCAUAUAUGAUUUCAAGAUUUAAAGGUGGUCUCAGAUGACAAGUUGAAGACAAAGUAGCUUUACAGUCAUUUUUUAAUCUUCAUAAUAUUGUAAUGGGUUUAGAGCAUAUUGAAACCUUAUUAGAGAAAGAAAAAACCAGAAUUCAAACUUUUAGAAGUUAG